AUGAUGUUCACUAUCCCCAACGCUGUGCAGGUUGUGGAUGGGCCAGGCUGUGAGCGGUUCACUUAUGACCGCUUGCUGCUCGCCCUCGUUGGUUUCCCUGCGAUAUUGACCCUGGCCUUCGGAGGAGGCCUCUGGAUGGGAAUAGGUCUCGCGUUUGUCUUGUGCAUUCCGAGUUUGAUUCUCAUCUGGACCAUUACCUCCAGGGAGCAAGCUGCACCGGAGGAGAAUAGGCAGCCCAUUGAGAGCUACCUGGAUUUCAAGACCCCAGCCGACCGCGAGAGAUACAGCGGACAUUGCAAGAUUCCAAUGGCCCAGUUUACGGAAAUGUAUUUCGAUCAGCUGGUGGACUUUAAGGUGGAUUGCCACGAUGCACUCGAGCGACGCUACGACUGGGCAAGCUUUGCAUUUACCCCUGGGUUGUUCAAGUACUUCCUUUUCACCAUGGUGCCGGAUAUUCUGCUGCACACGAAAAGCCGCGAUCGCAAGCAGACGCACGAAGUCUACGACCGCGGCAACGAUUUCUACUACUUCAGCCUGGGUGAUUCGAUGACCUUCUCGUCUGGAAUAAUCUCCGAUCCGCAUCGAGCCGAGUCAAUCCAGGAGAUGCAGAACAAUAAGAUGAGGGUAGUUUGCCGCAAGAUCGGGUUGAAGGCAGGGGAGAGCGUGCUGGACAUCGGAUGCGGCUGGGGCACUUUCAGCGCCUUCGCAAGCGUCGAGCACAAGGCGAGCGUCACUGGCAUCACGCUGAGUCGCAAUGGUGCUGCUGCCGCCUCGGAGCGUCUCGAGCAGCAAGGCAUAUCCCCGGACCAGAGCCGCAUACUCUGUCUUGAUUAUCGUGAGAUCCCGCCCGCCUCCCGGUUCGACAAGAUUGUCUGUUUAGAGAUGGCAGAGCAUGUGGGAAUCCGCAGGCUGCCUGCGUUUCUGAAGCAGAUGUACGAGCUCUUGGACGACCAGGGCGUCUUCUUCCUCCAGAUCGGAGGACUACGCAAGCGCUGGCAAUUCGAGGACCUGAUCUGGGGACUAUUCAUGAACAAGUACAUCUUUCCGGGCGCGGACGCUUCGGUGCCCUUGGGGGUGUAUAUCAGCAUGGUCGAAGAUGCUGGAUUCGAAGUCAAAAGCGUUGAUACUAUUGGGGUCCAUUAUGCAGCCACCAUCUGGCGCUGGUACGGGAUCUGGAAGAGCAACAAGGACGAGGUCAUCGCCAAGUAUGGGAACAGAUGGUACCGCAUCUGGCUGUACUUCCUCUCGUCAGCGACCAUCCAGGCACGCAAUGGGGGUGCCACGGCGUAUCAAAUCACGCUGGUUAAGAGCAGGAACCGCACGCAGAGGGUGUUGGGUGUCCAGGAUCAGCUCGGGGUAAGGACGGCGCAGUGA